AUGUACGAGGACGGCUGGUACAGCUUCGUGCCGGAGCUUAGCAGCAGCAGCAACAACAACAGAAACGAGACGUCCAAUGGCAGGCCUCGCGGGCACCAGCGCAAGGAGUCGCUUCUACAGCAGCCCAAUGAGGCCAACAACAUUGCCGAGAUUCUUGAAGAUGUUCUAGAGGAAGCAGAGCACACAAAUGACCCUCCCGAACCCACAUUGCUCCGACGAGCUGCCUCAUACUCCGAUUUCUACCGUGUUGUCAGAGCGGAGCUUUUCAAAGAUGCCCCUCGCAGGCCGCGGCGGAAGGUUGACAGGAAGAGCAGGAACUGGGAGGCAUUGACGCUUUUCAACGAAGAGUCUACAUCUUAUCAGUAUUACCAGAGGGAAGAGGUGUCUUCGAAGUCUCUGGAUCACCUACUCUUGGAAGAAAGCCAGCAGGAAUAUCUGCUGUAUCGCGACCAAUUGAAGAUGACCGAGCGCCACCUUGAAGGCUUAAUCGACAAUGCCAACGAUACCUUGAAGCUAUUGACCACUUUGUCGCAAUCAUUUCUGUCUGUUGAGGCUCAGACCUCGACUUUCCAGGCUCAGUGUGAAGAGCUCCUGACGGAACAGCGGCGAUUGGAGAAACUCGCCGAUGAGGUCGGAACAGAUCUCUACUACUACGCCUACCUAGAAAAAGCCACAAGGCGUCUGAACGCUCCCGGGGCCGGCCGCUUAAUAGAGGAUGACGAUUUCAGUGAGAUGGUGGAGAACAUUGACUCUUGCAUCAAAUUCAUGACUACCCAUGAGAAUUACCGAGAACGCGACUCAUACCUAGCACGAUAUAGCGCCUUGCUUACCAAAGCCUUGCAUCUUCUUGACCAUGGUUUCAAUAGCUCUUUGGAGAAGGUCUCCAGUGACAUUGCUCGACAAAUUACGGCUACAAAAUCAGAGUCCGCCCGCCACGCUCUAGCUUACGGGAGAUUCGAAGAGAUGAUGGCAGAUUCUUAUUCUUUGCUGCCAAAUACCCGAAGAAUAGUUCGAUCGGCCUACCAUGCGUAUGGACAGCCAGUUGAAGUUACCGCAACCUCUGCGACAUACGUCAGUACUGUUAACACCAUUUUCCGAACAUAUUUCACCACCCGCGACCGCGAUUUGAAAGUAAUGGCGCAACAUGAUCUGGACGAAUACCAGAAAGAAGUAAAAAGUCUGUCAGUCGAGACAGCUUCCAGAAACUUCAUCAAACAGUUAUUCGAGCGGAUGUAUAGCGAAGACGUUCUUUUCACUAAAAUUUUCAACAUCGAACUCGCAUGGAGCCCUCUUCCGGAGUCGGCUUUCCAAGCUGUCAAGCUGGUCAACACCACAAUGGUUCAUCCUGGCAACAUCGUGCCGCUAGCGACGAACCUACAGGCCGUCUUCCAGAACGCUCAACUCACAGAAACGUGCAGUAUAGUUGGCUGGCUGGCUAAUGAAUACGCCGUGGCGGACUUGGAUGAAGAUGAAUCUCUGUCUUUCAGAAAGUAUCGGGAAUAUGCCGCCAGGCUGCUCGCAGACCACCUGUGGCCAUUUACAGACAACUUAUUUGAAGCCGAAAUCGUGAAAUCGAUUACCAAGGCCCCGACACAGGAUGGCUCUUUGAAGAUCAGCCCUGUUGUAGACGGAGUGGCGUCUUCAAACGCAUAUCCCUUGGUAAAACGAGCGAUUGAGCUUCUUGCCAUGUUUGAUCGAGCAAUGCCUAAAGAACGAUCUGCCAAGAACAGUCCCGUGGUAUUCAAAAUUGUGCGAGAAACAAUUCAGAUUCUUCAGCGGGCCGAGGCUAGGAUCAAGUCGCUUAAAACCGAUACCGACCCAGAUCUCUUCAUGGUCAAGAAUUUACUCAUUAUCAAAAAUGAGCUAGUGUCACUUGAGAUUGGUGACAUACGAAGUCAACCUCCAGCCAUGCAGCAUUUUGGGCAGAUCUGGGAUACUCUGAGUCCUCAGAACUGGGUAGGCUUUUUUGGAAGCGUUAUCAGUGGUAAUCUCUGGUCUCGAGGUGCACCUUCGGUCACAGCCAAGACGCUAACGGUAGAAGACAUGAGCGAGCAGCUAGACGAGCUUCUACGCCAGUCGAUUUACGCAUUCACAAAACGAUGGGCUUCCCUCAUCAAUGACUCCCAGAGCAGAAAAGUAGGAGUGAGGCCAAUAGCCAAGGUGGAGGCUGAUCUUGAAAACAUUCUCCAAACAGCGUUCAGCAACCAGCCUGAAGUAAUUGCGAAGCUGAAAGAAGCCAUUCAGCUCAACGCACAAGCACAGACAGAUGCAAAGAAUGCAGACAACGGGGCACGGAGAUACUAG